AUGGCUAGUUUUGCAAAGAAAGAAGUGGAAGUGAUUAUAGUAGGAGCUGGUCCUGCUGGUUUAGCUGUUUCAGCUUGUUUGAACAAAUUGGCUAUAAAAAAUGUUGUGUUAGAAAAAGAAGAUUGUUGUGGCUAUUUAUGGAAAAAAAAGACUUAUGAUAGACUUCACUUGCAUUUAUCUAAAGAGUUUUGUUCAUUGCCUUUGAAGCCACAUGCAAAUUCAGCACCAAAAUACUUGUCAAAAAAUGAGUUUAUUCAAUACUUAGAUGAGUACGUUGAGAAUUUUAAUAUCAACCCAAAAUUCCAACAUUGUGUGGAGAUGGCAUUUUAUGAAAAAGAAGAGAAAAAAUGGAAUAUCAAAGUAAGAAAUGUGGCUAGUGGAGAAAUGGAAAUUUAUGCUAGUGAUUUCUUGGUUUUGGCUAGUGGUGAAAACAGUGAAGGUUAUAUACCAAAAGUGCUAGGAAUUGAAAAAUUCAAAGGAGAGAUUAUUCAUUCAAGUGAAUAUAAAUCAGGUCAAAAAUAUGAAGGAAAAGAAGUUUUAGUUGUUGGUUCUGGAAAUUCUGGAAUGGAGAUUGCUUAUGAUCUUUCAAAUUAUAAGAGUUGCACUUCAAUUGUUGUUAGAAGCCCGAUUCAUGUUCUAACAAGGGAGAUGGUGCAUACUGGAAUGUUAUUACUAAAAUAUUUACCAAUAUCUUUGGUGGAUACUCUGAUUGCAAAAUGUGCUAAGUUUAGAUUUGGAAAUUUGGCUAAAUUAGGAAUACCUCAACCAGAAGAAGGCCCAUUUUAUAUCAAAAUAUCAAAAGGUAGAUCCCCAGUAAUUGAUGUUGGUGCUAUUGACAAGAUUAAACUUGGAGAGAUUAAGGUACUUUCUGGAAUAUCAAACAUAAAGGAAAAUACAGUAGUUUUUGACAAUGGGGAAGAACAUCAAGUUGAUGCAAUAAUUUUUGCUACUGGAUACAAGAAUGCAGCUACCAAAUGGCUAAAGGAUUAUAGCUCCAUUUUCCUUGAUGAUGGAACUUUGAUAAAUGAAUUUCCAAACCAUUGGAAAGGAGAGAAUGGGCUUUACUGUGCAGGUUUUUCAAAAAGAGGGCUAUUUGGCAUAUCAAUGGAUGCCAAAUCUAUAGUAGAAAAUAUAAACAUUGUUAGAGGAGAGAAAAUCUAG